AUGUCGGCUGAAAAAUUGAAUUGGCGAUUAUUAAUCAUGUCCACGCUUCUAGCGGUCACCUCGAUCUUUCAGGUAAAUUUGAAUCAACAUUUUUUAUGGCUCUGCUAAAAAUGUGUUAUUUAGAUGGGUUACACUAGCGCGUACCCAAAUACCGCUAUCGAGGGGUUCAGAAAUUAUUUAAAUAAAUCACAUAAUCCGCCGUUUCAAUUAUUGAACUCGGAAUUUGAAUGGAUUUGGUCUGGAAUGCUGGCGAUUUAUUUUGUGGGAUUUGCGAUUGGAAGUAUUAUCACUGCAUCGAUUGCGGAUAGGAUUGGAAGGAAAUGUGAGUGGAUUUUUUUAAGUUUGAACUGAUUCUGAAGAAGAAUUUGAUUUUCAUAGUCGUUCUUGGUCUUCUGACCAAAAUGUUCUUUGAUGAUUUUGUUGCAAACAUUUUUUUAUCAGAAAAAACAUUUUCUAAUUUUUUUUUCAAAAAUUCCAUAUUUUCUGGAAAUUCAUGAAAUUCUAGCAAAAAAAAAAAGCGAGGAACCCAAGCUAAAAAAUCUCAAGAAAAAUUCAUAGAGAUUCCAAAUUUGAAACAGAACAUUUUCAAAAAAAAAAUAAUUUUCUCAGGCACCCUGUGUUUCGGAAACUUUGGUGGUUUAUUAUCCGCAAUCAUCGCAUUAUUCGGAAUCGUCUUCAAACUUCCAAUUCUAUUUGGAACCUCCAGAUUGCUCAUGUCACUUUCAGCAGGGAUUUCGAUGAAUGCUUUAAUUCUACUUCUACAAGUAGGUCCCUAUUUUCCAGGGUGUAUGUGUUUUUUUUUUUGAAAAAAAAGGAAAGAAAACUCGUUUCAUUUCACAAAACGGAAAGAGUAAAUGAAAUGAGAUGCUUUUUCUUAAUUAGGAAGGGUUGCGCGCUCUUUUUUCAAAACAAAAACAAAAUUGAGAUAAUUGGAUUUUUUUCAGGAAAGUUCACCAAAUCAUAUGAAAGGCUUGAUAUCGUUUAAUGGUGAAAUGGCAUUUGUGAUAACAAAUCUGAUUGGUGGAUUGUUUGGCAUGAAAUUUUUGCUGGGUGACAAUUUGGCAGGAUUAAUUGGGUUCGGAAAUAUCUCGCACAAACGCAAAAAAUCUGGAAAAUUUUCAGCAUUUCAAUUGUUCCAUCUGCCAUCGCAUGUUUGCUCUCAACUCUGCUCAAAGAGUCUCCGAAAUAUCUAUUUUUAAAGCAAAAUGAUUUGGAUGGUGCUGCAAGAUCUUUGAGAUUCUAUCAGAACUUGAAAGACGAUGAUGAGAAAACCAACAUUUUGAAUGAGUUGAAAUUGGAGAGAGAAGAAAUGACAGCGAAAAAUGAUACGAUUUUUGAUAUUUUGAAAAAAUCAACCGCAUAG